AUUGACUCCUACACCUGAGUCGUUCAAAGGCACUCGCUCGACGGCCAUAUAAUUUAGGUACCGGCGCGCGCGCCUCUUAUCUUCCCGCGCCUCAAGCCAACUCGGACGUGUGCGCAUGCUAUUUUCGAAUUUCGUUCGAUUUUCAAUUUUCAAGUUUACAGUUACGUUUUUUUUACGGAAACAGUGAAGUGGCCAGUGAGUUUUUGGAUAGCCAGUUUAGUUUUAUUUUGUUAAACGAACACCAAUACUUAGAUCAAAAUGGCACGAGGAAAAUCGUUGCCGAGCGGAGUCGCGGGCAGCUCAUCUAGUCACAGAUUCCUUCACAUCGCCGCUAUCAUGUUGAUUUUAGGUUUACCAAGCGCACACUCCCAGAUCGAGAAAAUGUACGUGGACGUCACGAAUCUCAAUCUCCUCGUGGACGAGACAUAUCUCCUCAAGUUGGUCCAAGUGGGGCAAUACAACAUCACCCUAGCAGCGACGGCGCAAAUACAGCACCCUGACAUAGUCCAGUUCGUGCCGCAGACAGUAGAGAUCCCAGGAUCUCCGGAACCGAAUACGAAUGUGACUAUCACCCACGAUAUCUGUGUGCUAGGAAAAAGCCCGGGACAUUCUGAGGCCGUCUUCAAUGUCACACCUGAAGGGUUUGUCAACAUGGACGACGUGUUUCUACGGAUCACGGUGAUGCAUUCCCACGCCAUUCGCCUGAUCUCCUACAUCAUGGGCUGGAUCUACUUCGCGGCGUGGUCGGUGUCCUUCUACCCGCAAAUCUACAUCAACUUCAAGAGAAAGAGCGUGGUCGGCCUCAACUUUGACUUUUUGGCGUUGAACAUCAUGGGUUUUACUAUGUACUCGCUCUUUAACUGCGGACUUUACUUCUCUAGGGAGAUUCAGGCAGAAUACUUCAGCCGGCACCCCCGGGGCUUGAACCCGGUACAGCUGAACGAUGUGUUUUUCUCGCUCCACGCGGCCUUCGCGACUCUCAUCACUAUUAGCCAAUGCUUCAUGUAUGAGCGCGACGAGCAACGCGUCUCCAACACAGGGCGCGGUAUUCUGUCGCUGUUCACCGUGAUUGUGAUCGUGACAGCCGGACUGGGUUUCUUUGGUAUCCUGGAGUGGCUGGACUUCCUUUACUACUGCAGCUAUAUUAAACUGUCCAUUACGCUCAUUAAGUAUGUGCCGCAGGCCUACAUGAACUACAAACGCAAAUCGACCGUCGGUUGGUCGAUUGGCAACAUCUUCCUAGACUUCGUGGGCGGUUUCCUCUCCAUACUACAGAUGGCGCUAAACGCUUACAACUACAACGACUGGGCGUCGUUCUUCGGAGAUGCCACCAAGUUUGGAUUGGGCCUGUUCAGUUUGGUCUUCGAUGUAUUCUUCAUCCUGCAGCACUACGUUUUCUACAGGGAAGCGCGUUACAUCCGCCUGCCAGGCCGAAGCACAAGCGACGAAGACUCCGAUCCUCCACAGCUUGAGCAAACUUCUGAGGAACCCUACCAGGGGGCGCCUGCGUAGAACGAACUAACGAGGUGAUUGGCAAGUUCCAAGUCUUGGCGACUGAAAGGCAAAGGACCAGUGGAAAGUAAGCAUCAUGAAUUACAUAGAGUUCUAUGUAAGUAGUACGGGUGCUAGAAAGGAUGUGCUAAAAUGAGAUAGCUUACUUAGUAAAGUGAUUGCGAGCGAGAGAAGCAGAUGGUACAGUGAUGAUAGCGAAGGUUACAAUCGAAAAACAACAUUCAGCGUCUAAGCCUAGGCGCAGACCACCGAUUUAAGAUUGUUGGCCGAUAGUAAGAUCGUGGUGUUAAUCAGUAUUAAAAUGUAUAAAAGUGCGCACAUUAUCGCGUCUCUGAUAAAAUCUUAUCGAUGAUUUUAGACGACAAACGUAUAGGCUUAUCGCGUAAAAUCGAUAAAAUUGCGCGAUAAAUGCUUAUCGCGACGCGCAUCCUAAGCCUACAGGUUCUAUGUCAACCUUAUGCCAGUUGUGGUGUUAUAUUAGAUUUAGAAUCACGUGAAAUCCACGCAAGGUUUUUCACAUUAAAUAAAUAUAUUUUAUUGCUAAUAAACCGUAAAGUUAUUUUAUAUUUACGUUUGAUAAGAGCUUUUAUUGCUCUAUAAAAUAAUUAUACUAUACUCAGUCUUAGAGAUUUUGUCAUUGAAAUGAAAAUAUAACGAAUGUAUUCUAUCGAACAAUAACUCUAAUAAGUAUGAGCUUAAACAAUUAAUGAUAUGUACUUAUAACUCAAUAAUUAUUACGAUAUACAUAAUGGUAAGUAGGUACUUUAUUGUACAUAGUAGCUAGCACAUAGCCUACUACAAAAUGUCCUUUUUACAAUCAAUUUUGAACCGUAUUUGUAUUGAUUAAAGGCAUAUGUUUAAAAUCAAUAUUAGCAGGAAAUGUACAUUUUGUGGUAGGUAUUAAGCGGUAUUAGUAACUUUUUGGCAAUAAAUGUAUCGUUUAGAUAAAACUAAGUUUACCUAUUACUAUGUGUAUAAUUAAUUAAUCAUAAUUGGUACUAUUGUAUACUGUAUAUACUGUUCUCUUUUAUAUUGUUAAUGCAAAAAAUAUAUUGCAUUCCAUGUAUA